AUGGUGUGGUAUGCCGGCAUCACCAGCCCCUACCUGAAUCGGGGUGGUCUUCAAAAGAAGUUCGAGGCCCGCGGUGAGCGCAUCUCCGCGGAGCUCAGGAGCGAGGCACGGAAGAAGGAGGAGCGUUGGGGUGCGAUGGAGCUUCAUAAGAUGUUCCCACGGCUGAUUGGACCGCCGAAGAAGCGGCGUGACAAGAAGACCAUGGAGGUGAACUUCUAUAGCAUGGGCUAUCCACCUGGAGAGCUCGCCCGGCCUGUGACAGCCCACAGCGACGCCCGUCCGUUGAGGGGAACCAAGAAGAAACGCAUCGGGCCGCACUUGAUGAGCAGCGAUCGGAUACGCUACAAGCAGCUCAACCCGAAGGUUCCAGGCUGUCAUGCAUACAAGCUCUACGAGGGCUACAAGACUGCCAGGACGUUGCGUCAGGCGGUGGACUGGGGUGCGAGGCCCAUCGAUCUGGCGCACGACUACAACUGGGGGUUCAUGUCGGUGGUGGACCUGUCCUUGAACUUUCCCUACGAGGUCGAGAUCAAGGAGAAGCUCAGCAAGCCACGCAAGGCGAUCUUCGAUUGGUCCAAGAGCCCGGAGAAGUUCAUCAAGGUUCGCAUCAAGGAGAUGAGUUUGGGGCAUCAAGGUCUGGAUGUGAGGAAGGAGUCCUUGCAAUUGCUGGCGGAGCGAGUGCCCGAGCGUUUCCGGAAGCUCGACACCGAGAGCUUGAAGAAGGAGGAGGGUCUCCUGAGUCACGUUCCACUGGUGGUCUUCCGCGCACUCUUGCGAUGGGCCUCUACGGGGCACCUGCGCUACGAGCGGAAGCGCACGCGAGCGGUGCACGAUGCUUUGAAGGUGCUAGGGCUGAAGACCUUGGCCAAGAGGGUCAAGCAACUCGAGGCGCAGGAAGCCAAGGAGGCGCUGAAGGCUCUUAAAGAGCCAAAGGCUGCGAAGUGGGAGCCCUCAGAACAGAUGGCCCGCGCCGCCGCGCAGAAGCGGAAGGUCAUGAAAGCCCAUGUGAAGCAACGGAGGUGA